AUGUCCGUUACAUGUCGAAGGAGAACGGAACAAGAACUAAACCGGAGCGUGGUGUUGCAACGGCGGAGCUUUCGAGGCCUUCGGCUCGAUCUGAUCGACAUCUCCGCGGCUUCGGCAGCGCUGUUAUAAUCUCUCCCGUCUCGCGACACGCCUUCUGAAUCCUCAAUCCUCAGCUCUUGUUCAGGUGAUUCCUCCGGGAUAUAGGGUUUCUUGUUGAUCAUGGACUCUAUUCUCGCCAGCAAGCCUGCGUUUUGUCCUCCUGGACUGUUCUUUCAACCUGCUGGAGGAAUAAAAGGAUCACAAUUUAACUUUAAUGUGGGACAUGUUGCCAAUUUCUGCAAAGUUUGUUAUCCUAGAAGACCAUCAUCUUAUGUGGCCAAGAGAUCUAGAAAUGAUGGAAGAGUGCUUAAUGAAAUUUGCCGGGAUGAAAAGAUUCUUGUGGCCAAUAGAGGAGAAAUUGCAGUCAGAGUGAUCCGAACAGCACAUGAAAUGGGUAUACCUUGUGUAGCUGUUCACUCUACUAUUGAUCGGGAUGCUCUACAUGUGCGGCUUGCAGAUGAUGCAGUCUGCAUUGGUGAAGCUCCCAGUAGUCAAUCGUAUUUGCACAUUCAAAAUGUUUUAUCUGCUGCUGUUAGUCGUGGGUGUACGAUGUUGCAUCCUGGUUAUGGUUUCUUAGCUGAGAAUGCUCGUUUUGUUGAUAUGUGCAGAGGGCAUGGAGUCAAUUUUAUUGGACCCAAUCCAGACAGCAUUCGUGUAAUGGGUGACAAAUCUACAGCUAGAGAAACAAUGAAGAAAGCUGGUGUUCCUACUGUACCAGGAAGUGAUGGACUUUUGCAGUCAACAGAGGAGGCUGUGAAGCUUGCCCAUGAAAUUGGUUUUCCUGUCAUGAUCAAGGCAACUGCUGGUGGAGGAGGGCGCGGAAUGAGAUUAGCUAAAGAACCUGAUGAGUUUGUGAAGUUGUUACAGCAAGCUAAGAGUGAGGCAGCAGCUGCAUUUGGAAAUGAUGGAGUUUAUUUGGAGAAAUAUAUCCAAAAUCCAAGGCACAUUGAAUUUCAGGUUCUAGCUGACAAAUAUGGUAAUGUUGUCCAUUUCGGGGAGCGUGAUUGUAGCAUUCAGAGGAGAAACCAGAAACUUCUGGAGGAAGCUCCUUCACCUGCUUUGACUUCAGAACUACGUAAAGCUAUGGGUGAUGCAGCUGUAGCAGCUGCUGCAUCUAUAGGUUAUAUUGGUGUCGGAACUGUUGAAUUUCUCUUGGACGAAAGAGGUUCUUUCUAUUUCAUGGAGAUGAACACCAGGAUACAGGUAGAACAUCCUGUCACAGAAAUGAUUUCUUCAACUGACUUGAUUGAGGAACAAAUACGUGUGGCUCUUGGAGAAAGGUUGACCCACAAACAGGAAGAUAUUGUUCUUAGAGGGCAUUCAAUUGAGUGCCGCAUUAAUGCAGAAGAUGCUUUUAAAGGAUUUCGUCCUGGACCUGGGAAAAUCACAUCAUACUUGCCAUCUGGAGGACCAUUUGUGAGAAUGGAUAGUCAUGUAUACCCAGGUUACAUGGUUCCCCCAAGCUACGACUCCCUACUUGGGAAGCUCAUUGUUUGGGCGCCAACCAGGGAGAGAGCAAUAGAACGAAUGAAAAGAGCCCUGAGUGACACCAUUAUCACAGGAGUACCCACCACUAUCGAGUACCAUAAGUUGAUCCUUGAUAUUGAGGACUUUAGAAAUGGAAAAGUAGACACUGCGUUCAUACCAAAGCAUGAGAAUGAGUUGGUUGCGCCCAAGAAGGUGAUCCUGUCUACAGCAGAAAAAGAGCUUUCUGUAUCAAACAACUAAACUUACAAGAAUUUCUAAAAGAGUCGCUGCAGUUUAUUUGCUUUAUAAGAGCUUGGCGCCAGAAUAACCUUGUGAUUACUUGCUUCUAACCAUAUUGGUUUCUUUCAUAUGUGACUUGGAAAUCUUUUUGUUUUGUCUAAAAUGAAAAAAUAGACUUCAGGGAGUUUUUCCAGUCAAAUUUUGAUUUGCCACACAUUCAAGAUAUUAUCUCACAGCUUUCUCUGUAAUUCUAAAACUUGAUUGAUAGAUGUUCAUUUGCUCAAGAGAUUACUCAUUUUGAAGGGCGAUAUGAUCAGGCUAUGUUAAAACUAAGUAAUCUGCAGUUGAUAUC